UGCCGGUGCCGCAGCAAACGACUGUUCGUCAGCGGGUUUUUAGUUAUGGUGGUCGUCACGUUUUUAAAUGAAGUUUAAAAGCACGUAGGCAAAACCUUUACUUGUUUAAACUAUAGCAGAACAAACGUCUGUCGUUUGGGAAACAAACCACGGGGUUUCAAUGAAUUGCACCAGGGUUCUGCAGAUACUGAACCCCAGGCCAAUGCCAAGUCCAAUUAUGCCUGUGGAUGUGGCAAUGAGAAUCUGUCUGGCACACUCACCGCCUCUUCGCAGUUUCCUCAGUUCAUAUGAGGACUGCAAGUCCAGGUACUUAGUCAACCAGUACAAACCUCUGCGAUCCUGCAUCAGCUCCAAGACCGACGUGAACACUGCCAACCUAGGAUGGAAGAGUCCCGAGACCAAAGCUAAAAAGAAAGUGGUUUUUGCUGACUCCAAAGGCAUGUCUCUGACAGCAGUCCAUGUGUUUAAGGAAUUCGAGGAAGACCCCAUGUUAGAUCUGCAGUUUGAAUUAUCAGACCUGGAGGAUGCCAUUGUGGGCCUAAAGGCUGAGGAGAAGGAGAAGAAUUUGAUUUUGGACUUUCCUCAGCCUGCCGCAGACUAUUUGGACUUCCGAAACAGUCUAAAGAAGAACCUGGUAUGCUUGGAAAACUGUAUAAUUCAAGAGAGAUCACUCACCGGCAUGGUCAAAGUGAUCAAUGUAAGCUUUGAGAAGGUCGUCCAUGUGCGAAUAACAUUUGAUUCAUGGAAAAGCUAUGCUGACAUUCCUUGUACAUACAUGAAUAAUGUUUAUGGCUGCGAAGAUGUUGACACCUUCUCGUUUUCCAUCGACCUUCCAAGUUCUGUGGCCUCACAUGAGCAGGUGGAGUUCUGCAUAUCCUACAAAACACAUGAUACGACAUUCUGGGACAAUAACGACGGGGAAAAUUACAAGCUGGUACAUACAGAGAACGACCCCAGUCAGGCCAAUGUCACCCAAACGAAGACAACAGAUUUUAAGAAUCAAGGCAAACGGCCAGAGAUGGAGUUUGAUCAGUUCGGGAGCCCGAGAACAUCUAGUGGAUUCUUCCCCGAGUGGCAGAGCUGGGGUCAUAUUGAGAACACUACCCCCUACUGGUGACAGUUCAAGACCCUCUGACAAAUUUGAAGUAAAUCUUGUAACAAGGGCAAAUGCAAAUGGAGCGCUUGGUUCGUUUCAAAAUUGACUUAUGAAAAGUCUGAAGAGUAGAAAUUAGCAAUGACACCCUCAAAAGAAAACUCUUUUUGGCCAUGUUUGUCCAAAUUAUUUCAUUGUUGGUGUAUGUUUUUGAGAUACACGUUUAGCUUAAAAUUAGAUGUUUGGGCUCUGAAAUGAUGCAAAUUUGAGACCAUGUUAAACAUAUGGCAGUUACUCAGAAUGAAAAAUGUUGGUUUAUGUUAUUUGUCUAAAUUUGUAGCACACUAUGUACGCUAUUCUGUAGAUCUGACAUGAGGUAAACCAAUAAUUUUCAUAACAUAGAUGCCUUCCUUUGUGUUUUUCUGUGAUUAACUGUAAUACAAUGGCAUCAUUUCGGAUAUCUUUACAUAUGUCCUUGUAUAAAGUGAACAAACUUACUCUGAAAUAGAUUCUUCAAAACACUAUUUUGUCACCUUGAAGGGUAAAAAUUUUGUUGUUACCCAUCUGAAAUCACUGAAUUUUGGGAAUCCUGCUUCUGAAAUGUAACUGGACAUAAAUAUGUAAUUUAAGUCAUCCUUAAAAGGAUGGAAGUUCUGUCAUUUACUCAACUUCAUUUCAUUCCAAACCUGUAUGCAUUUCUUUCUUCUAACACAAAAGAAGAUAAAAUAUAAUGAUAUA